GAAAUGAUUUCAUUAACAAAAUAAUUGGGCGAAUAAAAGAAACAAAAAAAUGGGUAUCCUAAAAUGUCAAAAACAGAAAGCGUACCGUUAAAAACGCAAAAUUUUAGAAAGAUGGAGUAAGAUUUGUAAGACACAGAGAAAUGGAUCAGCAGCAGCAGCAACAGCAACAGCAAUUGUACAUGCAACAGCAACAGCAACAGCAACAACAGCAAGCACAACACCAGCAACAACUUCUUCUGCUUCAACAAUUAAAACAAGCCCAACAUCAACAGCAGCAACAACAACAACAAGCCGCUAUUUCCCGAUUCCCUUCCAACAUCGAUGCCCAUCUCCGCCCCCAUCAUCGCCCCCUUAAUCUCUCUCACCCACAAAACCCUAACCCUAACCCUAAUCACCCCAAUUCCAGUUUGCACCAGCAGCAGCAACAAGGAUCCAAUUUAGGGCAAAAUGCGCAACAUUCUCAGCAGCAGCAGUUGCUGCAGCAGAAGGCUCUCCGGCCGCCUGUUAAUCAGGUGGAGCUCCAGAUGGCUUAUCAGGAUGCUUGGCGGGUCUGUCAUCCCGAUAUUAAGCGUCCUUUUUCCUCCCUUGAAGAUGCCUGUGAAAGGUUACUGCCUUACCAUGUAGUGGCAGAUUAUGAGGCAGAAGAGGAUGAUAGAAUUCUCGAUUCUGACACAACAGGGCAGAUGCCAUCUCGUUCGCAGCAGUGGGAUCACAACAUUGCAGCCAAAGUUGCUGAGUUCACCGGCACAUUUGAGAAACAGGCCUUAGCCUUUAAUAUAAUAAACCGCAAGCGGGCUUUGGGUGAAUUCCGAUCUGAGGAGAGGUUGAUGAUAGAGCAGUUACUCCUUCAGGAAGAAAAACGACAUCUGUUCGAUAUGAAAACAGAAAUGGAUGCUAGAGAGAAGGCUGGUAGGGAGGCUCAAAUGAGAAUGGCAGCCAUGGUUCAGGCAGAGCAUGCUCGUGUUGAAUCACAUGCUCAUGCCGAAAUGAUGGCUCGAGCGCCAAUACGGGCAAAUGCACUAGGGUCGCAGGGAAACAAUGUUUCCAUGGGUCAUAACAUAGGAGAGCAGGAACACGGCGUGAACCCGGAUCAGAUGAUGAAUGGCUGGGGAAACAAUGCACAAAGAGAUGAGAAGGAACCUUCUGAAGAUUUUUUAAACGACGAAGAGACUGAAAAUGGCGACACUGGCGCCCAAGGGGAGUGGCGAGAUGUCGGGGAAUUCGAUUUGAAUACCAGAUAGAUGAUGAAUACUUGUCAUAUGGUAAGGUCAAAGGAGGUUGAUUAUUUUCUUGCAAGGCAGAAUUUAUAAGAUGUGAAAUAAAAGGAGGCCUUAUAAUAUGUUGCAGUAUGUAGUGUAGGCUAGUAAAUGUACUUCUAUAUAUUUUUCCAGGACUGAAAAAUUGGGUUGUUGGGGUAAUUUAUGUAGUGGUAGUGAAGGAUUUUAUGAAUUUCUCAAUAACAAAGAGAUUAUCUAA